GGUUCCUUUGUGCAUGUUCAAGCUGCAGAAGCUGUGACCGUUCCAAUAAAGAACCAUUUCCCCACAAGAGAAGAACAAAUUUUGGCCCUGCAAACCACAGGUGAAUUUGAUGUCCUUGUUAUAGGCGGAGGAGCGACGGGAUGUGGCUGUGCUUUAGAUGCCGUCACUCGAGGACUAAAAACAGCCCUUCUAGAAAGAGAUGAUUUCUCAUCAGGGACCAGCAGCAGGAGUACUAAAUUGAUCCACGGUGGAGUGAGAUAUCUUCAGAAGGCCAUCAUGAAGUUGGAUUUUGAGCAGUACAAGAUGGUGAAAGAAGCGCUUGAGGAGCGUGCAAAUCUGCUUGAAAUUGCUCCUCACCUCUCAGCUCCUUUGCCCAUAAUGCUACCUGUUUACAAAUGGUGGCAGGUGCCAUACUACUGGUUUGGGAUAAAACUAUAUGACAUGGUGGCCGGAAGUCAAUGUCUGAAAAGCAGUUACUUCCUUAGCAAGUCAAGAGCCUUGGAGCACUUCCCAAUGCUGCGCAAAGACGAGCUCGUUGGAGCUAUUGUCUACUAUGACGGACAGCACAACGACGCACGGAUGAACCUCGCCAUCGCCCUCACCGCUGCCAGGUACGGCGCUGCCACCGCCAAUUACGCUGAAGUGCUGCGUCUGCUGAAGACCAGGGACCCGGCCAGCGGGAAGGCGCGGGUGUGCGGGGUGCGCUGCAGGGAC